CAGCGGCUGUAGUUGUCCGCAGAAGUGCGUUUCAGGGACUUGAAUCAUGAAGAACAGAGCGGCUCACUGGGAGUGGUGCGGACAUUGAGCAACAUGCGAAUAGGGCACGUUAUAUGCGCUCCUGCUGCUUUUAAGAAGUUAUAAUGCAGCUGCGCGUGGUGGACCCCUGCUCCUAACCUCCAUGAAGUGUUCAAGCUCAGAUAAAGUCGGUCAGGCGCAGUGGGAACGGAUAUCGGAGUACACGCAGGACGAACCCGCAGAUUAAAAGUGUGAUUGUAAUUUUUCGGAGGAGAGACAGAGAGAUGGGGAACGCGGGGAGUAUGAACCAACACACUGACCCCAGAGGACACCACAUGCCCCUCAAACUGCCCAUGCCCGAGCCAGCGGAGCUGGAGGAGAGAUUUGCGCUCGUUCUGAACUCCAUGAACUUGCCUCCAGACAAAGCAAGAUUACUACGGCAGUAUGACAACGAGAAGAAAUGGGAACUCAUUUGUGACCAGGAACGAUUUCAGGUGAAGAAUCCACCUCACACAUACAUCCACAAGUUACAGAGUUAUCUGGACCCGGCCGUGACCAGGAAGAAGUUCAGGAGGAGAGUGCAGGAGUCCACACAGGUCCUGCGGGAGCUGGAAAUCUCAUUACGGACCAAUCACAUUGGAUGGGUGCGGGAGUUUCUGAAUGAGGAGAACAAGGGUUUGGAUGUGUUGGUGGAGUAUCUUUCGUUUGCACAGUAUGCUGUCACGUAUGAUGGUGAUAGUUCUGAGAACAGCACAGAGAACUCGGUGGAUAAAUCUAAAGCCUGGAGCCGAUCGAUUGAGGAUCUCCAUGGAGGAAACCACCUCUCGUCUGGCGGCUCAGGCAGUAACAUCUCUAGAACCAACAGACAUUCAACAAUAAGGUCUAAUACGUUACCCAGCAGGAGGACAUUGAAGAACUCCAGAUUAGUAUGUAAGAAAGACGACGUUCAUGUGUGCAUCAUGUGUCUACGGGCUAUCAUGAACUACCAGUAUGGCUUCAACAUGGUCAUGUCUCACCCUCAUGCUGUGAAUGAAAUUGCACUAAGUCUGAACAAUAAGAAUCCCAGGACUAAGGCUCUGGUGUUGGAGCUGCUGGCUGCUGUGUGUUUGGUUCGAGGAGGUCAUGAGAUCAUUCUCUCUGCCUUUGAUCAUUUUAAAGAGGUGUGUUUAGAAGAACAGCGCUUCGAGAAGCUCAUGGAGUACUUCAAGAAUGAAGACAAUAACAUUGACUUCAUGGUCGCCUGCAUGCAGUUUAUAAACAUCGUGGUUCAUUCUGUGGAAGACAUGAAUUUUCGAGUGCACUUACAGUAUGACUUCACAAAACUAGGUCUGGAUGAAUAUCUGGACAAGCUGAAGCACACCGAGAGCGAUAAGCUGCAUGUGCAGAUUCAAGCAUACCUGGAUAACGUGUUUGAUGUCGGAGCUCUGUUAGAGGACGCAGAAACCAAAAACGCAGCGCUGGAGAGGGUGGAGGAACUAGAGGAGAACAUGUCUCAUCUGACAGAGAAGUUACAGGACACCGAGAAUGAGGCAAUGGCAAAAAUUGUUGAGCUGGAGAAACAACUCAUGCAAAGAAAUAAAGAGCUGGACUCUCUUCGGGACGUGUAUAAAGAUGCCAACUCUCAGGUGCACACUCUCCGGCGGAUGGUGAAGGAGAAGGACGAGGCCAUUCAGAGGCAGUGCAACCUGGAGAAGAAGAUCCAUGAGCUGGAGAAACAAGGGACCAUUAAGAUCCAGAAGAAAGGAGAUGGUGACAUAGCCAUCCUGACAUCUCCUCCACAGGGGAACGGGCAUCUUACUGGUUCAGAAAGCAUCACUGGGGUGCCUAGCGGUGGUGUGGUCAGUCACGGAGGUGUGGCUAAUGGCGUAGCACAUGGCGUGCACAUUCCUGACCCUUCACUACCCCUUCCUCCUCCUUCUUCUUCUGUUUCAGAAACAGUACUAAAUGGUCCGUCUGCAGCUCCGGCACCAGCUCCUCCACCUCCUCCUCCACCUCCCCCUCCUCCUCUUCCCGUAGAUAUAUCUGCCCCUAUGCCCCCUCCACCACCCCCCAUGGCUCCUCCGCUUCCUGGCUGUGGUUCGCCCACCGUCAUCAUGAACUCGGGAUUGGCAGAGGGACCCAUCAAACUGUACUCUGUGAAAAUCAAGAAACCCAUCAAGACGAAGUUCCGCAUGCCCGUGUUCAAUUGGGUGGCGCUGAAACCCAAUCAGAUCAAUGGCACCGUCUUCAACGAGAUCGACGAUGAAAGAAUACUGGAGGAUCUGAAUGUGGAUGAGUUUGAGGAGAUGUUCAAGACAAAAGCACAAGGUCCAGCCAUAGACAUCACCUCCAGCAAACAGAAGACCGCUCAGAAAGGACCACAUAAAAUCUCGCUGCUGGACGCCAACAGAUCGAAAAACCUGGCCAUCACCCUUAGGAAAGUGGGCAAGACAUCAGAGGAGAUCUGCAGAGGCAUUCAAUUAUUUGACUUGAGGACAUUGCCGGUGGAUUUCGUGGAGUGUUUGAUGAGAUUCAUUCCAUCGGAAGCGGAGCUGAAAGUUUUGCGGCAGUACGAAAAGGAGCGCAAGCCUCUGGAAAACCUGACAGACGAGGAUCGCUUCAUGAUCCAGUUCAGCAAGAUAGAGCGCCUCAUGCAGAAGAUGACCAUUAUGGCAUUUGUGGGGAACUUUACAGAGAGCAUUCAGAUGCUCACGCCGCAACUUCAUGCCGUCAUUGCAGCCUCUGUCUCUAUCAAGUCCUCACAAAAACUCAAGAAGAUUCUGGAAAUCAUCUUAGCUCUGGGGAACUACAUGAACAGCAGUAAAAGAGGAGCAGUGUAUGGUUUCAAGCUGCAGAGCUUAGAUCUGUUAUUAGACACUAAAUCAACAGACCGCAAGAUCACUCUUCUGCACUACAUAGCAAAUGUAGUGAAGGACAAAUACCAGCAGGUGUCGCUCUUCUAUAACGAGCUUAACUAUGUGGAAAAAGCGGCAGCUGUCUCUCUGGAGAAUGUUUUAUUAGAUGUGAAGGAGCUUCAGCGAGGGAUGGAUCUGACCAGGAAAGAGUACAGCAUGCAUGGCCACAACACUCUGCUCAAAGACUUCAUACAGCAAAACGAGAACAAACUCAAGAAACUGCAGGAUGAUGCCAAGAUCGCUCAGGAUGCCUUUGAUGAGGUGGUGAAAUUCUUCGGAGAAAACGCGAAAACGACGCCACCAUCUGUAUUUUUCCCAGUGUUUGUGCGCUUUGUGAAGGCGUACAGGCAAGCAGAGGAGGAUAAUGAACAGAAGAAGAGACACGAGCAGAUGAUGAUGGAAAAGCUGAUUGAGCAGGAGGCGAUGGAGCAGGAGGAUCAGAAGUCUCCCUCUCAUAAGAAUAAGCGUCAGCAGCAGGAGUUGAUUGCAGAGCUGAGGAAAAAGCAGGUGAAGGACAGCAGACACGUGUAUGAGGGUAAAGACGGAGCCAUUGAGGACAUCAUCACAGUGCUGAAGACUGUCCCAUUUACUGCGCGCACGGCCAAACGCAGCUCGCGUUACUUCAACGAGGAGCUCCACUUCUAAAGCUUAGACUCUCUCUCUUUUAAAGAUCUGAGAAACCAACCUUACAGGCGCGCUGAUGCCGUCAGGAGGAGUGUCCGGAGACGCUUUGAUGAUCCCAAUUUGCGGCCUGUCAACAACGCAGAGAUGGUCAUGUGACGAGGGCGGAGUGAAUGUAGUGAAUGGAAUGGAGGAGUUGACAGCUCCAGAACAACGUAAUGAAGGACUGAAGAUGACAGCAGGUCUGAAAGUCAAGUGCCUACACUUAACAUCUGUCCAAUCAGGUGUUGAAUCAAACGUGUAACUGUCUUCUGUUUGUAAUUUUUGUUUGUUUUAUACGAAAAGUGUCUUGAUCUGUCUUAUAUCUUAAAUCGUAGAUGGCGAGAUCAGUGUUUCUCUUGAGAAGGUGUCAGAAUGUUAAACUAUUCCAACACUUGCAUCAUAAACCUGUACAAAAGCUGAAACAUUUCAGUGCUUUCGCCACAUCUGAUCAAUCUGGAUGAGCGACUUUUUAAAGUCGACCUGAAAUGGAAGUUAAGAUUGUCUUGCAUCCACUUGAAACAGUCCUGAAACGAGAAAAGAGUAGGCCGGUGCAUGAUUGGAUUCAUUGGUUUGUUGAAAGAAUCAAUGAGUUCAGAAAUACUCAUAGCCCCACUUUAAAGGAAUUCCAUGUGACCAGGAAGUGCAGAUCAGUCGUUUUGAGGGGAUGGGAAGGUUAUAGUACUUGAUUAAAGAACAAGAACUACUUACUGUAUACAGUGUUGGGGAGUAACUGAAUACAUGUACCGGCGGUACGUAUUUAGAAUACUAUUCAUGAGUAACUUUAUUCCGUUACAGUUACUAUUUUUAAACAGGGUAUUUAGAAUACAGUUACUUUCCUAAUACCAUUGGAAUACUUCGGCCCAUGCAUGUCUGGCCCAUGAUAUUACUAAAUUACCGCCGAAACCAUAGAAACAGAAGCUACACUCCCGACUGCAAGUACCAGUGUUAACUCAGUGAGACUCACGCAAAUGACCCUGUUCUCAUGCUCUUACCUCCAUUUUCUCACGCAGCAAAAGGGACGAUCAGAAACACCGGACAACAACCAUGUUUUUUAAAUAAACUGCUUUUUUUGCCA